AUCGCCGGCCGGCACCGAGGUAAAGUCAGGAGAAAAUUCUUCACGAGCCUCACUCCUGUGUCGAACAGUGGACGUCGAGGUGCCCGGUUCUAGUCUGUGAUAUUUAUUCCGUAACUCCGUAACUCCGCAAACAUGUGCGACGACGAGGUUGCCGCUCUGGUGGUCGACAAUGGCUCCGGCAUGUGCAAGGCCGGCUUCGCCGGAGACGACGCGCCCCGUGCCGUCUUCCCCUCCAUCGUCGGCCGUCCCCGUCACCAGGGCGUGAUGGUCGGCAUGGGACAGAAGGACUCGUACGUCGGCGACGAGGCCCAGUCGAAGCGAGGCAUCCUGACUCUCAAAUACCCGAUCGAGCACGGCAUCGUCACCAACUGGGACGACAUGGAGAAGAUCUGGCACCACACGUUCUACAACGAGCUGCGUGUGGCGCCCGAGGAGCACCCGGUGCUGCUGACGGAGGCUCCCCUGAACCCGAAGGCCAACCGCGAGAAGAUGACCCAGAUCAUGUUCGAGACGUUCAACACCCCCGCCAUGUACGUGGCCAUCCAGGCGGUGCUCUCGCUGUACGCCUCUGGCCGCACCACCGGCAUCGUGCUCGACUCUGGCGACGGCGUGUCCCACACCGUGCCCAUCUACGAAGGUUAUGCGCUGCCCCACGCCAUCCUGCGUCUGGACCUGGCCGGCCGUGACCUGACCGACUACCUGAUGAAGAUCCUGACGGAGCGCGGCUACAGCUUCACCACCACCGCCGAGCGGGAAAUCGUGCGCGACAUCAAGGAGAAGCUGUGCUAUGUGGCGCUGGACUUCGAGCAGGAGAUGGCGACGGCGGCCAGCUCGAGCAGCCUGGAGAAGAGCUACGAGCUUCCCGACGGCCAGGUGAUCACCAUCGGCAACGAGCGCUUCCGCUGCCCGGAGGCCCUGUUCCAGCCGUCGUUCCUGGGCAUGGAGUCGUGCGGCAUCCACGAGACGACGUACAACAGCAUCAUGAAGUGCGACGUGGACAUCAGGAAGGACCUGUACGCCAACACGGUGCUGUCUGGAGGCAGCACGAUGUACCCGGGCAUCGCCGACCGCAUGCAGAAGGAGAUCACGGCGCUGGCUCCGAGCACGAUGAAGAUCAAGAUCAUCGCGCCGCCGGAGAGGAAGUACUCUGUCUGGAUCGGCGGCUCCAUCCUGGCCUCGCUGUCGACCUUCCAGCAGAUGUGGAUCUCCAAGCAGGAGUACGAUGAGUCUGGCCCCUCCAUCGUCCAUCGCAAGUGCUUCUAAGCGCUAUGUUUCCGGUGUGAUUGAGAUGCUUGUGGAUGACUCUUUAUUUGUAUCAUGAGAAGGUGUAUUUUCCGUUACAUCCAGUGAUGUUCCAGUGAGCAUUCCGAUUGCAAGUGAGAGCAUUCCGACUCGAUGGGGCCUAUUGAACUGCUUUGCCGACAUGGGGCUCUAGGAGGCCGUUUGACUGUGUUAUUUAUGUUGUAAAUGCCUUACUUCAGAUCUUGUUCCAGCUUUUGACUAGCCUAGGAUCUGGACUUUGCAUGCCACUGACGGGCGAGACGGCGGUCUCGAGCCAUAUUCGUUUCCAUCGAUUCCGCUGGUCAAAUGUCAGGUGUAACGCCGCACGAGCCUGCCGAUGAUUGGUAGGACCAAAUACAGUCUUUGUAAUACAAAUGGUAAACCGCUUGA